AUGGACCUCACCACCAGCAAUUUGGCGAAUGUUGUGCGAAUCCCACAGCGUGAGGAGCAGUACCUGAAGGCCACAGGCAUCGAUCAGCUGCUUUCCAAUCUCGUGUCGCAGCUGUACAUACACAAGCCCGAGGAUGCCAUCAACUUCAUGAUCAACUACCUUCAGCACACCAAGCUCGAGCGAAACUCGGUUUCUUUCUCUGGUGCUUCGUCAUCUUCUUCAUCUUUCUCCUCCUCCUUCUCUUCUUCGACUUCAUCGCCUGUCGGCAGCUCGUCCACCGUUACCACUCUGCAAGUGAAUGGCAGCCCACAGUCAGCCGGUGGUGAAGACGAGGGUAAUGGUGCCGUGGAAAUGGAGCAAGACAAGAAGGGCAACGGCAAUCACCUCGAUCAGAGCGGCGAGUAUGGUCGCGAGGACAUGCAGGUCACCUCGCCCGACGGCGGCCCGGUCGACAUCGAUCCUACCCUCAGCGGCAACCGCUCCCUGCAGCGCCGAAGGAUGGCCAUCUCUUCCGAGCCUGUGGACCUGAGCGGCUUCGACGCAGAUAUGCCAGGCAAUGGCGUGCCCAACACGCCCAAGAGCCCCGAAACUCUGCAAGCUCUCGAAGAAGCGCUGCGCACCAACGUUCUCUUCGCCCAUCUCGAGGAGGACGAGCGUAGGCAGGUGUUCGAUGCCAUGGUGGAGGUCAAAUUCAACGCCAACGACAUCAUCAUCCAGCAGGGCGACGAGGGCGACAACUUCUACGUCGUCGAGUCGGGCGAAUGUGAGAUCUGGAUCGCCAAGGAGGGCCAGCCCCCUCAGCGGGUCAGCGUCGUGAGGGAGGGCGGCAGCUUCGGCGAGCUUGCACUCAUCUACGGCACUCAGAGAGCCGCCACUGUCAAGGCCGCUACCGACGUGACGCUGUGGGCUAUUGACCGCGUCACCUACAGGAGGAUCCUGAUGGGAGCCACCAUCAAGAAGCGAAAGAUGUACGAGGGCUUCCUCGAGAAGGUCCCCAUUCUUGCGCCGCUCAACCACUGGGAGAGGCUCACUGUCGCCGACGCGCUGGAGCCGGAGGUCUACCACGACGGCGAGGUGAUCAUUCGUCAGGGAGAGAGGGGCGACUCUUUCUUCAUCAUCGUCGACGGCGAGACGAAGGUGUCGCAGGUCAACGAGCAGGGCGAGGUGGAGGUCGCUCGCCUGUAUCCCUCUUCGUAUUUCGGUGAGAUUGCCCUUCUCACCGACAGGCCGAGAGCCGCCACCGUAACCGCCAUCGGCAAUGUCAAGGUGGUGAAGAUGGACAGGGACCGCUUCAACCGGGUGAUGGGUCCGUGCGAAGAAAUUUUGAGGAGGAACAUGGAGAUCUACAACCAGUACAUCUCCACCAAGAUCUAG